CUGCCGGGGCGGCGAGUUUUCUUUGCUCGGGCCCCGCCUCCCGCCCUCCCCGCCGAGAGCCGAGCAGCAGCCCCAGAUCCUCCCGCAAGUCUCUCUCACACUUCCCCGCCGUCGCCCCAAAGGAACAGCCGCUCCUCCCUGCGCCUCCGCCGCCGCCGCGGCUCCUGCAGAGCUCCUCUCCCGCUCCUCGCUUCCUCGAUGGAGCUCGGGCGCCGCCGACGCCGCUGCUGCCCCGAGCCCUGAGCGGGGCCGCCCGGGCCAGAGGAACGCGCCACCCCGCCCAGGCGCACACGGAAGGCCGGGGGCGCGAACGGUGCGGGGCGCGGGCUUCGGCAACGAGAAAGUGCUGCCCUCCCGGUUCACUUGGCAGGCGGCGGCGGGAGGGGGGGACCAUGGCUCUGAAGGACACGGGCAGCGGCGGCAGCACCAUCCUGCCCAUCAGCGAGAUGGUCUCCUCGUCCAGUUCGCCUGGCGCGUCUACAGCCGCCGCCCCGGGAACCUGCGCACUCUCGCCCUUCCCCGAGGUGGUGGAGCUGAACGUGGGCGGCCAGGUCUAUGUGACCAAGCACUCGACGCUGCUCAGCGUCCCGGACAGCACUUUGGCCAGCAUGUUUGCUCCUUCUAGUCCCCGGGGCGGCGCCCGGCGCCGGGGCGAGCUGCCCAGGGACAGCCGCGCGCGCUUCUUCAUCGACCGGGACGGCUUCCUCUUCAGGUACGUGCUGGAUUAUCUACGGGACAAGCAGCUCGCGCUGCCCGAGCACUUCCCCGAGAAGGAGCGGCUCCUGCGCGAGGCCGAAUACUUCCAGCUCACUGACCUGGUCAAGCUGCUGUCGCCCAAGGUCACCAAGCAGAACUCGCUCAACGACGAGGGCUGCCAGAGCGACCUGGAGGACAACGUCUCCCAGGGCAGCAGCGACGCGCUGCUGCUGCGUGGGGCGGCGGCCGCCGCACCCUUGGGCCCCGGAGUUCCAGGCGGCGGCGGCGGCGCGCCGGACAAGCGCUCGGGCUUCCUCACGCUCGGCUACCGCGGCUCCUACACCACAGUGCGCGACAACCAGGCAGACGCCAAGUUCCGGCGUGUGGCGCGCAUCAUGGUGUGCGGGCGCAUCGCGCUGGCCAAGGAGGUCUUCGGGGACACGCUCAACGAGAGCCGCGACCCCGACCGGCAGCCGGAGAAGUACACGUCCCGUUUCUACCUCAAGUUCACCUACUUGGAGCAGGCGUUCGACCGCCUGUCCGAGGCCGGCUUCCACAUGGUGGCGUGUAACUCCUCGGGCACCGCCGCCUUCGUCAACCAGUACCGCGACGACAAGAUCUGGAGCAGCUACACCGAGUACAUCUUCUUCCGACCACCUCAGAAAAUAGUGUCACCUAAACAAGAACAUGAAGAUAGGAAGCACGACAAAGUCACGGAUAAAGGAAGUGAAAGUGGGACUUCUUGUAAUGAGCUGUCCACUUCCAGUUGUGACAGCCACUCAGAGGCGAGCACACCCCAGGACAACCCACCCAAUGCCCAGCAGGCAACCGCUCACCAACCUAACACCUUAACAUUGGAUCGUCCUUCCAAAAAAGCACCCGUGCAAUGGAUGCCCCCACCAGACAAACGCAGAAACAGUGAACUCUUUCAGACACUCAUCAGCAAGUCCCGGGAAACAAACCUUUCCAAAAAGAAAGUCUGUGAGAAGCUAAGUGUGGAGGAAGAAAUGAAAAAGUGUAUUCAGGAUUUUAAAAAAAUCCAUAUUCCAGAUUAUUUUCCAGAGCGCAAACGCCAGUGGCAAUCUGAACUGCUGCAGAAGUACGGGUUAUAGUAAUUCUCACGUUCCUGCAGUAUUUCAGUGACAUUCGAUGUUUACUACAGUGUCACCACCUGACUGAUGUCCUAACAAUAGUCAGUGUGAUUCUUGCUGCUCUUCCUUUUUGUGAACAGUGGAUGUUGGGUAGUAUUUUCUUUCAUUCUUCUGUUGUUAUUGUUUUCAGAAACUUGACAAAAAAGGAAAAAAAAUGAAGCUUAAUAAAUGCGGAACCAAAAUGGUGUAUCUGAUUCAAGCCAUUUUGUAAGAAUGAAGGCAAAAUGUGCAUGAUCAAGAAGCUUAAAAUCUUGAUUUUUGAACUGUGGUCAACUGGACAUGUUUGUCAUUUUGUAACUCACCAAAAACAAAUCAUCAUAUUACAUUAACUAAAAUGAAAAUAUGAAUGAAGCAACAUCAAGAAAAAUUUUGGAUGGUUGUUUUAUGACCUAAAUCCAAAACUGUUUAAAAGUUAAUGCAAUAAAAAAGUAUUAUUUUUGCAUGAUCACAAUGUUACAAAUAAAUCACAAGAAAUAGGGAAGAUCUGUUUGUUGCUUGGAAAGAAAAUAAUUACAAAAAAUAAAGCAAAAAAAUAAAGUUUCAGGCAAAGCCUAUAAUAUAAGCUGUCUAGGAGAUUGAAUUUACUUUGUUCCGGACCUGUGAUUUUUUUGUGUAUGUGUAUGGUGUUUCUGUAUGUUAAGAUGGUGUAAAUAUGCCUUAUACUGUUGUGUUAUAACAUUGACAUUCAUCUAUUAAUGCUACUCAUGAUUAUUUCUGUGAAAUGAGUCUUUUACAUGAGGCUGUGAAAAUUGAUAUAAUGAUGCUCUGA